AUGGCACCUAUCGAGCGCAUCACCCUCUUCAAGAUCCCCAACGAGGCAGAUCGGGACCGCGUACUGGAGGCAUACAAGGUUCUCGCGAAGACAGCUACCAAGGACGGAAAGCCAUAUAUUGUCUCUGCGUCUGUCGGUGCAACGAUCCCAGAUCCGCGGAAUAAGGGGUACAAUAUCUCUGUGAAGACGACGUUUGCGUCGAUGGAGGAUAUGAAAUACUAUGAUACGGAGUGCGAGGCGCAUAAUGCGUUGAAGGCUGUUGCGGGGCCGGUUAAGGAGGAUGUUUUGACGACGUUCUAUGAGAAUAUCUUGUAA